UGCAGAAAGGGAGGCCAGGGCACAGCUCAGGAGUGCCACUCACCAGCAGCCAGGAGCCAAAAGACUGGCAUUCCCAGCACUAGACAAAGGCCUGUUGAUCUUUGACCCCCACCACUCCAGGAGCCUUGGCCCUCCCUCCUGCCCGCCUUCCUUUCUUCCCUGCCGGCCUCGCCCUCUGUUCUUUCUCCUCAUUCCCUGGCUCUCUGGCUCUGACUGGCAGUUUUUCCCAGCUCCUUGACCAAACAAAUCCUUCCAUGCUGUCUUCAAGCCCUGCUUCCUGCACAUCUCCCAACCUGGACAAGGAGAAUCCAAGUAAGAAGGUCCAGUGGGCUUCUGGGAGGAGGAGGACGUCAUCCACAGACUCAAAGUCCCAGUCCGACCCCUCCAAAGCGUCCAGGUCCCCGAAACUCAGCCGGCUGACGGUGAAGUAUGACUGGGGGCAGCUCCAGAGCUGGCUGGAGAUGGAGCAGUGGGUGGACGCCCAGGUUCAGGAUCUCUUCCAGGUGGGUAAGACACUGCAGGCUGGGGGACUGGGAGAGAGCCUGCUCCGAGGGCUCAGGAGGAGCUGGAGGGCAGAUGAGAGAUGCUCCCAUGGAGACAAAGCUUUUCCCCACAGGUGAAGCAUGGGUUUGCAGUCCUG